UAAAUAGGGGCUCAUGCAACGUCUCUUGACCACCAUAACAAGCUUCGAGAGAUCGUAAUUACAGAGAGAUAAAAGACUGAUCGAGAUGGAAAUAGUUCAAGUUCUUCAUAUGAAUGGAGGAGUUGGAGAAACCAGUUAUGCAAAAAACUCUUUACUUCAGCAAAAGGUGAUAACCAUGACAAAGCCAAUCACAGAGGACGCAAUAACUAAGCUCUAUUGCAGCAAAUAUCCGGAAGAAAUAGCCAUUGCAGAUUUGGGUUGUUCUUCGGGACCUAAUACUUUCUUUUUGGUAUCUGAACUUCUCAAAGUGGUGGAUAGUGUUCGCCAAAAGAUAGGCCAAAAAUCCCCCGAGUAUCAAGUGUUUCUGAAUGAUCUUCCUGGGAAUGAUUUCAACACCAUUUUCAGGUCCUUGUCCAUCUUCCAAAACAAACUGAGGAAGCAACUUGGACCCGACAGCGGACCAUGUUUUUUCACGGGAGUACCUGGUUCUUUCUACGGAAGGCUUUUCAGGAAAAACAGCCUUCAUUUCGUACACUCUUCCUAUAGUCUUCACUGGCUAUCCCAGGUUCCUCAAGGGCUGGAAAGUAAUAAACGGAACAUUUACAUGGCUCGCACAAGUCCACCAGACGUGCUUAAGGCAUAUUAUGUGCAAUUCCAAAAGGAUUUUUCCUUGUUUUUGAAGUGUAGAUCAGAGGAACUGGUGGAUGGAGGGCGUAUGGUUUUGACACUUAUAGGGAGAAGAAGUGAUGAUCCUUCAAGCAAAGAGUGUUGUUACUUUUGGGAGCUUUUGGCCAUGGCACUUAGUGAUAUGCUCGUUGAGGGACUGAUAGAAGAAGAGAAACUGAACUCCUUUAACAUCCCUAUGUACACACCAUCUCCGGCAGAGGUUAAAUAUGAGGUUGUAAAGGAAGGGUCAUUCAACAUCGAUCGAUUGGAAGUAACUGAAGUGAACUGGAACGCUUAUCUGGAUGAAACUGACUUAUCUGAUGCAUUCAAAGAUGGUGGGUACAACGUCGCCAAGUGCAUGAGAGCUGUGGCUGAGCCACUACUUGCCAGCUACUUUGGUGAAGAAAUCCUCGAUGAAGUUUUCCGUAGGUACAGAGAGAUUAUUUCUGAUCGCUUGUCCAAGGAGAAGAAUGAGUUUGUGAAUGUCACUGUUUCUCUUAUAAAACCUUGAGCAUCAUCGUCAUCAUGAUCUUCCUUUAUUUUAUGAUUAGAUAAAUAAUCACUGGUUAUCUAUGCUAGAAAUGAACUGUUCGAAGCACACCGCAGUAUCCAGUCAAGAGUAAUCUCUUGCAAGCAUAUUGUUUUUAAUUAUAGCUGUCUCGCAUGUAAUUUAGUUAAACUGAAACAACAAUUUUAGAUA